CACCCAUUGCACAAUGCCCAAGUCAAUAUUAUGUUGUCAUGUCCUCGGUGGCUAAGUAGGACCACACAUACAGCGAAAUAUCUUCUAGACAGUCGGCUACCUUAUCGAGCUCUCGCGAGUGUUGCCAGUGCUCCGCCGCCAGUACUUCGGGAGGAAGCAAUACGCCUUCGCGAGUACCAGGAGGAAUGCAUCCAGUCCGUCCUUUCAUACCUUGGUAGAGGGCACAAGCGCCUGGGUAUAUCACUAGCCACAGGCAGCGGCAAGACGGUCAUCUUUACGCAACUAAUUGGCCGUGUUGUUCCUCCUACGAGCGAUGCCCAGCAGACCCUCAUUCUCGCCCACCGGCGUGAGCUUGUCGAACAAGCUGCCCGGCACUGCGAGCGAGCCUACCCGCACAAGAGCAUUGAGAUAGAAAUGGGUGAAACACAUGCCUCAGGUGCAGCAGACAUAACCGUCGCUUCAGUCCGCAGCAUGGUCUCGGGUGACCGCCUUUCGAAAUACCGUGCAGAUCGCUUCAAGCUCGUUCUUGUCGACGAGGCGCACCACAUCGUGGCUCCGGGCUACCUACAAAUCCUAUCUCACUUUGGACUCAAGGAACAGGGCCCAACGUCUCCGGCACUAGUCGGCGUCAGUGCGACAUUUUCCCGCUUCGAUGGCCUACGACUAGGCGCAGCGGUCGACCACAUCGUCUACCACAAAGACUAUGUUGACAUGAUUGGUGAAAAGUGGUUGUCGGAUGUAAUCUUCACGACUGUCAAGUCCAAAGCCGACCUGUCGAAAGUUAGGGCAGGCCGUGAUGGCGACUUCCAACCCGGCCAGCUCUCGUCUGCCGUAAACACAGAAAUCACAAACGAUAUUACGGUCAAGGCGUGGUUGAGUGAAGCAGGUGAUCGGAAGUCGACGUUGGUCUUCUGCGUCGAUCUCGCGCACGUUUCGAGCUUGACGUCCACAUUCCGCAGACACGGGAUCGAUGCGCAGUACAUAACAGGCGCGACGAAGAAGCGAGUGCGUGCCGAGCGGCUUGACGCUUUCAGGAACCGCGAAUUCCCCGUACUGUUAAAUUGUGGCGUCUUUACCGAAGGCACGGAUAUGCCCAAUAUCGACUGCGUAUUGCUGGCUAGGCCCACGAAAUCAAGGAAUCUCCUCGUGCAGAUGAUCGGUCGCGGAAUGCGCUUGUACCCGGACAAGAAAGAUUGCCACGUCAUUGAUAUGGUAGCGAGUCUGGAGACGGGUAUUGUCACGGUCCCCACGCUCUUUGGCCUCGACCCAGACGAAAUGGUCAAGGGCGCGAAAGUCGGCGAACUGAAAGCGCUGAAGGACAGGGACAAGCGUCACCAUCAAGAUCCAUCUACUAUGACGCAAGACCCGUCAGACCUACGACGAGGCCUAGGGGCGAUGGGCGACCACAGGCUCGACUUUACACAUUACGAAACAGUGCACGAUUUGAUCGAGGACACCUCUGGCGAACGACAUGUUCGCGCAAUGUCCCCCAACGCCUGGGUGCAGGUCGAUUCACAAAAGUACAUCCUCGUGGCCAAGGGUGGCGUGUUGACCCUCGAGUCUCGGAUCCCCGCGACGGCCUCGAACAGCGGCCGCCAACCUCAGUUCAGCGUGGUAUGGAAGCAUUCCCUUGCCAUGACGGAGGCGAGUAAAUCGCCGUGGUCUCGGCCCAGGGUUGUCGCAACCGCCAGCACGCUCUCCGACGCCCUACACGCAGCAGAUACAUUUGCCAGCACGAAGUUUGACAGGGUGUUCAUCGCGACGAGUUCGAGCUGGAGAAAGUCUCCCGCCAGUGAAGGACAGCUGCAGUUCCUCAACCGCAUGCGUGAUGUGACCACGGACGAUGACGUCGAGCCGCUGACUGGCGACGACGUCACAAAAGGCCAGGCGGCCGACAUGAUCACCAAGCUCAAGUUCGGGGCCCGAGGACGGUUUGACAAGUUGCAGAUGAAGAAGCGGCGGGCCGAGAAAGAGCUGGAAAAGGUUCAAAAGACCCAAGCGAUGAGGGAGCGAGAAACGGUCAGAGUCGGGCCAUUGGAGGCUUGACAAUCAAACAAAUACAGUUUUUGACAUGAAUUUAUAUUUGCAGUACUCGCUCUAGCAUGAUAAAUAAUACAUUCC